AUGUCGACAGCAAUUCCAAGGCCUUCCCGGCCAUCGAACGGUCCACCAGCAGGAGCCCUCCCCGCGCUCCCCGUGGUCAAAACAAGAAAGAGCACUGGCGGCUUGGCAAUACCCUCGAGCCGGUCAGUAUCAGCAUCUCCCAGAACAGGUCGCCGGGCUCCCUCUACAACCCUACUUCCUCCUCCUGCUUUGCCGGCUCCAACCGGAGCACUUCCUCAGCCUAGGUCGGUCUCGGGCGUCAACGCCGCUGGCAAGACAAUACGGAAAACCGUCAGCAUCAAUUCUUUCCCUCAGCCGCCCCGUUCUGAUGGUCGGGUAUCCAGCCUCCCUCCAAGUCCCUUAUCCACCAGCGCCCCUUCGCGAAAAUUAAAGACACCAACCACACCUACAUAUCAAUUCUCGAGUGGGACACCAAGCUUGCUCAACGGCACCGGCGAGGGCAGAUUAGUAUCUCGACCGGCAGGCACGAGGAAUUCCGAUGGUCUAAUAAGUAUCUCGUCCCCGCCGCAGAGUCGCAGCUCUUCCGCACAAGACUCGUACUCUACCUCAGCAACCCAGUACGACGAUGUCAAUGACGCGAUGCAGCAAAGGUCGGAUGCCUCGACUGGCGGAAAGCGUAACUCCAAGGCGGACGGCAAGGGAAAUGUGGUUGUCAGUGUCAGAGUGCGGCCCGAUGCCGCUGGCAACGAGAACAAGGCGGAUGGAGAAUGGAUGGUUGACGGAAGAAAGUCCCUGAUUUCCUAUCGGGGAAAAGAAGGGGGUGACUACUUUUACGAUAAUGUUUUCACGACGCAUGACGACAACGCCAAAGUCUACGACCAUAUCGCUAAGCGGCUAGUGCGAAGGGUCAUGGAGGGGUACCACGGGACCGUUUUCGCCUACGGCAUGACAGGCACUGGAAAGACGUUUUCGAUGCAGGGCACAGCAUCCUCCCCCGGCGUGAUUCCUCUCGCCAUAACCGACAUCUUCUCGUACAUCCGUGAGACUCCGUCCCGAGAGUUCCUGCUCCGCGUCAGCUACUUGGAAAUCUACAACGAGAGGAUCCACGAUCUGCUAAGCAUGCCUACGGGAAAUGGCGUCGGGGGUGCAAGCCAGCAACAGGAGGAGAUCAAGCUUCGGGAGGACAGCAAACGCGGGGUUUAUGCGAGUCCUCUCAAGGAGGAGAUUGUGCAGAGCCCGACGCAGCUCCUGCGUGUAAUUGCCCGUGGCGACCAGGCACGUAGGACAGCGAGCACCCAGUUCAACGCCAGGAGUUCGCGGAGCCACGCGGUUGUCCAGAUUGUCGUGGAGAGCAGGGAGCGUGUUCCUGGUAAUGCUGCUGGGGACAGCAGACGCCAAGGCCUUCCGCCAGGCGGCGUUCGCGUUUCCACGCUGAGUUUGAUAGACUUGGCUGGUUCGGAAAAGGCUGCCGAGUCUAAAGAGCGGCGCCAGGAAGGCUCGCAUAUCAACAAGAGCUUGCUCACGCUGGGCACGGUCAUUGCCAAGCUCUCCGAGCAAAAAGACAAGGACGGAAAAACCGCUGAUAAGGACGGGAAGCACUUGCCCUAUCGGGAUAGCAAGCUCACGAGGUUGCUGCAAGGAGCACUAUCGGGCAACUCGCUUGUCAGCAUCCUCUGCACCAUCCAGAUUGGCGCUGCCGGGAGCACUGCAUCCGCAAACACCCACACCAACGAGACGCUCAACACGCUGAAAUUCGCUUCUCGAGCCAAAAACAGCAUCGUCAGCCACGCAAAGCGCGCCGAGGAGUCUCUAGGCCCUGGUGGAGAUGGUGGAGCAAGAGUAUUGCUCGAGCGCUAUCGGAUGGAGAUCAUGCAGCUCCGGAAGGAACUGGAAGCUCAGGCCAAGAACAACAGUAAGAAAGAAGCGGAGGAGGAGAAGGAACGGGAUGCGGAAGAAGAGAGGGCCAGAGAGAGGGAAGCCGAGCAGCGCCACGAGGAGCAAAUGCUAGAGAUGCAGCUGGCUCGGACUGCGUUGAAGGAGAGGAUAGACCACCUCAAUCGGCUCAUCCUCAGCUCCAAGUCAAUAGGGGUCAAUGCGAGUGGGUCCUUCAGCGCCCUCGGCAUCCACCCCAGGUAUUCGCAAGGGUCUAUCCGGUCUUCCAUGGCCACCUCUAAUGGAGGGACGCUGAGCCUCGAAAGGACCGCGUCCACAACUUCAGCGGCUUCGACAAUUGGCCGCAAAUCCGCCGGCCAUCGCUCGUCUGGCGGUUUGGAGCCGCCCGCCGCCGUGGAUGACGAGGAUAGCAUGGGCGAGUUUGGGGACGGAACAGCAUCGCUUGCGGCACAGAACCGUGCGCUGCAAGCGGAUCUUGCCGACAAAAACCGAUACAUCCAGACACUGGAGAAGCGUCUCCUCCAAGCGCGCCGCGCUAGCUCGUCGCGCACCUCGAUCGGGCUGUCAGCAGGAAAGGGGAUCAUGGUUGGUGAGGACCACAGCGUGGCCACGCUUCUCAAGGAGAAGGAUGCCGAGAUCGCCGAGCUCCGAGCCCGGCUCGACGACAAGGACCGAAUGCUCACGGCGCUGCGCAGCGCGGCGAGAUCGCGGGAUCACGCCGACCGGGUCGACUCGCGGGCCGAGGUGCGGUCCCCCGAGAUGCGAUCGCCAGAGGUGCGCACGUCGCUGAUCCUCGACAGCAACCCGGGCCCGGCGCCCACGGGGAGCCCUCCGGCGCCGUCGCUGCUGAGGCAAGUGUCACAGCUCCGAAGCCGGACACGGAGCGUUGAUGAAAUGAGCCGAAUGCUCGACGAGAUGAUUCAGGACCGUGUUGAGAGUGGCCAGCUCAUUCGCGGCAACAGGGGCAGCGUCAGAAUCGCCCCUGUCUCCCCCGAACAACAACGGGACCGCAAGGAGCAGCAGCAGCAGUUCUCUCCGUCGCCACCAUCCGCGGCAGGCCAGCCCCCCAGCCCGCCUAUCCAGCUCCAGCUCCUGUCUAAGCAAAGGACGUCGUUUGUGUCGGAGUUGCAGAAGUCGAUGGCUAUGGAGGUGUGA